CGUUCCAGGAGCCUGCCGAGUGCCGCCCCGGCGCCCGACCGCCCACCGUCCGGCCGCCGGCCCGCUUCUUCCUGAUGCAAACUGCCGUCUACUAGACGUUGGACCGACCCCCGAGAGACGGGGAAAAAAAGGAAGAAGCAUAAUUCAGCCAUUUUUUGCAGCACACAGCUGCAGGUACCAUGAUUAUUUUCUCCCUAACCCGUUCUUUCCCUUUAAAAAUCCUAUUUAUGCCUGAAAUAGAACUAUACGGAAUGCGAGGUAUAAAACGUGGAAUCAGAAGGUCUGGGUUGACUGGGUGACUCUGAGAAAAUCGCUUACCGAGCUUUGGUUUCUUAUCUAUGAAAUCUAGUCACAGCACAGGGUAGUGAGGGACUAUGAGGCCAUAUAUAUGAAAAUAAUCUGUAGAGUGGAGAAAUAAAAAUGCAAGGCAAUUUUUUGAGUAACCUUUGCCAGAGUGGUUAAUGCUGUAGUGGCUAACUGUUGCUGCCUCUUUAUUUCUGUAUUAUGAGUAUAAGCAAUAAGUACGGAAUGUCGAAGCAGUGCUGUGAAUCGACUAGAUAUAUAAUAGUCACGUUGCUUGGCCUUCUUCCUACAAAAUGCUAACUGCUUAUUUAAAUAACGGUAUUCUUUAAUUCAAAUUUAAUGUUAUUGUAAUGCUUUACUUUUCAUUUUUCUAGGCCGCUUAUUUCCUUUUUCUUACUUGCAAUAUUAUUUAACACCUUACAUUUGUUUAGUCUUAUAUUUUCCCAGUUGAUGUUUUCUUUUGUUAAUCUGAUUAAAUUGUAAUUCAGAAAAUGCUUUUAACAUAAAUAUUCUAAUUUUAAUGCCUAUUUUUUUAUAUCUAGGGAAUAGGAUGCCUGAAUAUCUCUACUAAUGUGAAAAUUGUUUUUGAAGAGCUUCUAAAUGCAUUUGGGUUUCUGUAAUGCUUAAUAUGUCUAGAAAUGUAUAGAAAAUGUCAACUUUUUGACAAUAAUAAUUUUAUAGGAUUUAAUUCUCUUUUUUAAUCACAUUUAGGUGCUUAGAAACAGUUUUCCAAUGGUAAAGUGUUAAUUUGCACUUUUUAUUGCUGAUUAAUUUGGGGGAGAAAUAAUAAGAUAGUAAAUAUUUGUGGUCUGAAAUUGCACUUAUUUGUCAGAAUUUGUAAUAUAUAUGUGCAACAUCAGUAUGGGAUCAUUCUUACCCCCAAAAUGUGGUAUGGUUUGGCUUUCAAAAGGGUCCACAAAAAGUGAAAGAAGCAUUUUUUUUGGUAUAUUAUUUUUAGCCAACAAAUGGUUUUCCCAGUUUUUUUCUGAGAUGUUUUAAUUCAAUUUAUAACCCAAUACCAGUUGUCUUUCAGAGGAUGCUUUUGUGAUUUGUAAAAAGGCAGAAUAAUGAAAGGCGGGCAGGAUGAAAUUCGCCAAAGGAAGAGCCUAUUUUAAAGUGUUAGGUUUUAUACAUUGGACUUAUCGCUUGUCCUGAAGGUAAAAUUUUGGAAAAUCACUGCUUCAUUGGGAAUUUUAAGGUUUGACCUCUCUGUUUUGAUUUGUGUUAUCAGGGGCUAAAGUCUUGGAACCAGGGCUAGCUUGGCUUCAUGGGUGUUCAGAUGGGUCUCAAACUUGGUUUAAUAAUCUGUGUAAAAUUGGCGUUGUACAGUAUAAAGGUGAACCGUAAAAUUCAUGCUAAUAAUUUAAAUUUUUAAAUUUUCUUAGAACGAAUUAAUCAGCAAAUAAAAAAACCACCGUGACAAGUGGAGAAGAGACCUUAGAAGAAAGGAGAAAGCUGUGUUUCAUGGCAGGGGACAUGGAAGGAUUCUGUUCAUCCAUCCAUGACACCAGUGUCUCUGCUGGGUUCAGAGCACUGUAUGAGGAGGGACUGCUUCUUGAUGUCACUCUGGUUAUUGAAGAUCAUCAGUUCCAGGCCCAUAAAGCACUCUUGGCUACCCAGAGUGAUUACUUCAGAAUUAUGUUUACUGCAGACAUGAGGGAGCGUGAUCAGGACAAAAUUCAUUUAAAAGGUCUAACUGCUACUGGUUUCAGCCACGUCCUUCAGUUUAUGUACUAUGGGACUAUAGAACUGAGUAUGAAUACUGUUCAUGAGAUUCUUCAGGCUGCCAUGUAUGUUCAACUUAUUGAAGUGGUGAAGUUCUGCUGCUCUUUCCUGUUAGCGAAAAUCUGCUUAGAAAACUGUGCAGAAAUCAUGAGACUCUUAGAUGAUUUCGGUGUAAAUAUUGAGGGAGUUAGGGAGAAGCUGGAAUCCUUUCUGCUAGACAACUUUGUGCCACUCAUGUCCAGACCUGACUUCCUGUCUUAUCUGAGUUUUGAGAAGCUCAUGUCUUAUUUGGAUAAUGAUCAUCUGAGCAGGUUCCCAGAGAUAGAGCUGUACGAGGCUGUGCAGUCUUGGCUGCGGCAUGAUAGAAGACGCUGGAGACAUACCGAUACCAUUAUUCAGAACAUCAGGUUUUGCUUGAUGACCCCAUCCAGUGUUUUUGAGAAGGUUAAGACAUCAGAAUUUUAUAGAUACUCUCGACAGCUGCGCUAUGAAGUUGACCAAGCAUUGAAUUACUUUCAGAACAUUCACCAGCAGCCUUUGUUGGACAUGAAAUCAAGCCGCAUCCGCUCUGCCAAACCCCAAACUACAGUAUUCCGAGGAAUGAUUGGACAUAGCAUGGUUAACAGUAAAAUACUUCUCUUACAGAAACCAAGAGUCUGGUGGGAACUAGAGGGCCCCCAAGUACCUCUGCGCCCGGACUGCCUUGCUAUUAUCAAUAACUUUGUGUUCUUGUUGGGUGGGGAAGAACUGGGUCCAGAUGGUGAAUUCCAUGCUUCUUCCAAAGUGUUCAGGUAUGACCCCAGACACAACACUUGGCUCCGGAUGGCAGACAUGUCUGUACCACGUUCAGAAUUUGCAGUUGGUGUUAUUGGGAAGUUUAUUUACGCCGUAGCAGGCAGAACCAGAGAUGAGACUUUCUAUUCAACAGAGAGAUACGAUAUCACCAAUGAUAAAUGGGAAUUUGUGGACCCUUACCCAGUUAACAAAUAUGGACACGAAGGGACAGUGCUCAAUAACAAGCUGUAUAUCACCGGUGGAAUCACCUCAUCGUCCACCUCCAAACAAGUGUGUGUCUUUGACCCCAGUAAAGAAGGGACCAUAGAACAACGGACCAGAAGAACCCAAGUUGUUACCAACUGCUGGGAAAAUAAGAGCAAAAUGAAUUACGCGAGAUGCUUUCACAAGAUGAUUUCCUACAAUGGCAAGCUCUACGUCUUCGGUGGAGUCUGUGUGAUCUUGAGGGCCUCUUUUGAAUCUCAGGGCUGCCCUUCCACAGAAGUAUACAACCCAGAGACUGAUCAGUGGACCAUCUUGGCGUCCAUGCCAAUUGGUAGAAGUGGCCAUGGUGUGACCGUGCUGGACAAACAAAUAAUGGUUCUUGGAGGCCUUUGCUACAACGGUCAUUACAGCGAUUCCAUUCUCACUUUUGAUCCGGAUGAAAACAAGUGGAAGGAGGAUGAGUACCCACGGAUGCCCUGCAAGCUGGAUGGUUUACAAGUGUGCAACCUGCAUUUUCCAGAAUACAUACUGGACGAGGUCAGACGUUGCAACUAAUGACAUCUUUCUCACUUCAGAGCAAAACAAGAAAUUUGUUUGUGACAGAGUAGUUAAAAACAUAAAGAAAAACCUCACCAGUUUUACUAUCAAAGCCAUUGGUCUAAUAGCGUAAAAAAUUUUCAUUCUGUGCUAGCAUCCUUUUUUCUUUUUCUUUUUGGUGGCCUCAAACUCAUGCAAUAAGUUAGUUCUAAGCACUAGCUCUUGAAACUACUUCCUGAAUCAGUUCAGUAGAAUGAUACACUUAUCUGGGAAGCUGAUUUUAUGCUUUAAACAUUUCUCUCAGAUGUUAGUGUAGGAGUCAUGCAUCUUCUAAGAGAAGACCUGAUAAGUGUCACUUGAUGUAAUUUCAGUUCCUAUCUCGAUCUGAAAUCUUUUUGAACAUUUAUUUCAGUCCGUUAGACCUUUUGGUUUUAUUGUUUAAGUUUAAAACUCUUGCCCUUUUUGCAUGGCUUUUUGCUGAAAAUGCAAAAAUAUAAAUUUUCUACAAAGUUAACUUUUUAUAUUCAAAACACUAUUUCUAAGCUGCCUUCUCUUAUCUGCAUUGUGUUAGUGAAAGCGUACCCAUAUGUGCAUACAUCUUAUGAAUAUAUAAGGCACAUCCUCUUUUAUGCGUGGUUAGGAUUCUAUAUUUUUAAGCUAGUGCACUUGCACACACACGGUUUGCCAUACUUGUUGAAUUUUAGAUGUAACGUCUUUUCAUGUAUUAACAUUUUUAGAAAGUUAAAAUAACUGGAGUCCUCAUUUGGUGUCAAAGUAGCCUAUCUUCAGUCCAUACUGAUUCAGCAAUAUUUGAACAUUCGAACUCCUUAUAUUCCUGAAACGUAUGGAUUUAUGAAAACAUUUUAUAUUUUAUUUUCAAAAGUAAACAUUAGUGUUCCUUAUCGAUGUAUGUCUUCUUUUUGAACAUGUUUUUCUUCGCAGUCUGUUUAAUGUUGCCCUGUUUUUAGUGAGAAUUGGAAUGGUAUAUGACAAGCCCUGGCCCUGCAGCGUGCAAGCACUUUUAAAGAGAAUUUAGGUAAUACCAGACUUCUAAAUAAAGGCCCCUUGAAAGUAAGUGCAACUUCCAUUCUUUACAUUCAAUGAGGCUGCUGCAUCUGUUAUUGAAUGGAAAGUAGCAACUUGUGGAAAAUCUGAGCUCAGUUUUGACUUAGAGGUAAGGAAUAGGAUUAUAAUCUUACUGAUCAUAUCUACUUGUUUAUUUAGGACAGAAAACUUAGCGGCACUGGGGAUGUAAGCCCUUAGCUUUUGUUUUAUUUUCUGAAAGCUACUAGCAUGAAGGACAGUAACCUCAAAGUUGAGAAUGGAUUGAGAAUAACUGUAAGCAUUUAUAAGUGUUUUAGGGUUAUAGCCGCACCUUUCAACUUGAAGGGAAAACGUACAAUUGGAAAAGUUAAGCAAGAAUAGCCAGGGAAUGGCUCAUUCACGUGGAUGCCGUUUUUCCCUGAGUAGAGCCUGUAGCUGACACAGACUAGAUCUACACUGGCGAGCCCUGCCAGGUCUUAGGAUGUUGGUGCAAUAUUGCAAUGCCUUCUGUAUGGCUGUUGUAUACAUUUUCUAGUUUCUCUUUUUUUUUUUUCUUUUUUUUUUUUUGCUGCUGCCACCACUGAACAUGAGAUAGAGUGAAGUCAUGGAAAUGUGAAGACUUUUGUUUUGUUUUUUGCAGUUAAAUGAGACAACUAUUUUUUAAAAAACUCUGAUUUUAAUAUUCCAAAACUGGAGGUGUUUGGGUUUAAGAAACAAUCAGGCACACAAGUAGUUUUGGAAAAAGAAAAACAUUGGCAUUGGUUUUAGAAAUCAAAUUAGUGUUCUUUUGUAUAUGAGACUUAAAUUUUUAUUAGAUGAUUCUAUCAUUUACUUUCUGUUCUUAGAAAUGAAACUCGAUAUCCUUUCCUAUGGGAAUAUGGGUAAAAGACUUUUUCUACAUUUAAAAAGUCAUUUCUAAUGAUUUUACUUCUGAAAACUAGGAUUAGCUUAGUCAUUUAAUUCUUCUUCUAAUAUAUUAGUUGGUUUAGUGUUCUGUAUGUCUGCUGUCUUGCUCUAAAGAAAGUAACAAUAAUGUCUUCAUUAUUUUCCUCGCCGUUGUCUUUUGCUGGAAAAGACCGAGACAGGGUACCCCUCAUCAGGCGUUUACACUCCAGUGGUGGUUCUCUUUAAUUGCUAGAUAUGACUUCAUAGCCCUAAUCAAGGUAAGAUCUGGGCACACAGUUGAAAUUCUUGGUCUUCCAUUCUAAAGCCAGAAGGCCAAGGUCAAGGUUAACGUUUUGGAAAAUUUGUGAAAUCUUAACUUGAACUAACUCUGGGUUCAGCUUCACACUUAAGUCAUGUCUGACCUGAUGUUAGCUGUAAUCAGUUUUGAGCUUUAAGAAUAGUUGCUAUUGCUUGGGUUCUUUAUGAAUGUAUGAGAAAAUUCUUCUGUUUAUAUGUAGCUCUAAUUUAGGUUCUUUUAAAUCCAUGAUAACUUACAUUCCCUUUUCAAGUUAUGGUUUAAUUGCUGAAAGAGAUUUAUUUUUGUUAUACUAAACUAUGGAAAAAAUUUUCUUAGAUUUUUUUUUUCAAGUUUAUUUUGUGUGUGCUUCAUUUGGAAUCGUUUUUGUUUAUAUACAUUGUAUGUGUUCAAGAUAGUAGUUCUUAAAAAAUUCAGUAAGAGAUUUGAAACUAUUCAGUGCAACUGUUGUGAUCUUUGUGUGUUAAUUUUCACUUUACAUUUUAAAUAAUCAGACUUUACAAAAAUUAGCUGAUCUUCAUUAGUUGCAUCUUAAUUAGAAAUGUUUGUUCUCUUCUAUGUCUUUGACCUAAGUUUUGAUUUUAAUCUGCUUAAAGAAAAUUCUUGCACUACAACCUUUUCAUAAAACUCAAGAUUGUCUCAUUGAAGGUUUUAUAUCGGAAGAAAUACUACUGGUUUUUUAAAAGCAAAGCUUAACUAAUAGAAUUAUUAACUUUUCUUGAGACAGCUUUCUCUGUGUCCUCAUUACCCUGCUCUGUGUGAGUGUUACUAUAAUUUGUGAAAUAUUGACUGAGCCCUUCACUUAUCUUUUCUAAAGCAGCACCUUUGGACACCUCAUUCUGGGAAGCCUGCUCGAGUCAUAGUAAAGGACACACAUUUGUAUGGGGAGAAGUGGUAAAAAUGGAGAGUUUUGUCUUAAUUACAAGAAACUAAGCUUUAAAAUAUUUUAUAACAAAUUAUUUGAGCUGCAUAAUCUAAACAUGUCAAACGUUCAGUGGGACUAUUUUUAUAUAUGUAUAUGUGGUUGUAGGUCAUAACAUUUCAGUUUAUAAUAUAAAUUGUUAUUUCAGUUUAUAAGCUAUCUCUCAAAAAAGACUAGCUCUUUUGAGAAUACAUAAUUUAAAGUUUUAGAUUGAAGUGAAACACAGCAUAGAUAAUAGUGAAAUUAGAUAUAAUUGAGGGCUAUAUAGCAGUAAAACUGCUAGUGCCAUUUUUUGUUUGCCUAUUAUACAUUUUUGAUUUUUUUUUUUUGUACUCUGAACAUUUUUAGGGAUCAUACAUUUGUUCGAUUGGAUUAGAGUUGGUUUGGGAA